UUUGGCGGGCGCGAGCAAACUGAGUAGUACUUCUGCCAGAGGUCUGAGCCUUUUCCCGGACAGGACGCUUCUCCUUCCCUUCUGCUCCCAGUUUCCGUAAGGCUCUGGGAGCAGUCUGGCGCCACCUUGCCCCCACGGAAGAAAUCCAGCGAGCGCCCGGGGGAGUGAGAGGAGGCCUGUCCGCCCACCUAGUGGGACCACCCGCUCUCCCUGGACCCAGACUCGGGGCAAGCGGCGUGGGGAGCGCGGGGAGUCCUGGCCCCACCACCCACCUGCCGGGUGACCUUGAGCUGCCCAGCCACAGACUCCUCCCCAACGAGGCUGGUGAUAAUUCCGUGGACUCGUGCACGGGAAACACCAGACGCGUAGUUAAGCGAUGUGGAGGCCCGAACGAUGAGCUGGAGCCAGUCUCCUGAGCUUCAGAGCUCACUGAGGCGGGAGAUUGAGUUCUUUGCGGACCUGAACUGGGGUUGUUAUCUUGGGUACACACAGGAUCUGCCUGGCAUGAGCCAUGUGAAGACACAGAAAGCAGUCAGUCAGCAGCCAGCUAUCCAGAAGAGGAAAGAGAGCCCUCAUGCCACCAGGCUGGCACCGUGAUCUCCUGAACCGUGAGCAUCUAGAUUAAUGGAAAUGCAGUUUGGAAUGAAGUGACCUAGGAGCUGACACUGAGCAGAAAAAAAAGCAGGAAAAGAGUCUCAAUGAGUCACACAUACGUAAACAAUUCUUCACAAAGAAGAUUGCACUGUGCAAGAUUUAAAAGAUUCUCCGUUUGCGAAUUCGACUACUCGCUGGAAUUUAUUUGUAACCCUCAAAUCAAUACACGGAGCACUUCUGUGGUCAUUCGCCGACAUAUACAGUGGCAAAAAUGUCAGUCACCAGACAUGAGGCCACCAGCAAGACUGAGCCACAAGGGGUAGUGAUGUCUUCACGAGGUCCUAGUGGUCCAGGGUCUGGAUCCCAGAACAAUGACAUGAAAAGACAAUUUCUACUGGAGCGACUGCUGGAUGCAGUGAAACAGUGCCAGAUCCGCUUUGGAGGGAGGAAGGAGAUCGCCUCGGAUUCUGACAGCAGGGUAACCUGUUUGUGUGCCCAGUUUGAGGCUGUCCUGCAGCAUGGCUUGAAGAGGAGUCGAGGAUUAGCACUAACAGCGGCCGCCAUCAAACAGGCAGCGGGCUUCUCCAGCAAAACUGAAACAGAGCCCGUGUUCUGGUUCUACGUGAAGGAGGUCCUCAGCAAGCACGAGCUGCAGCGCUUCUACUCCCUGCGCCACAUCGCGUCGGACGUGGGCCGCGGCCGCGCCUGGCUGCGCUGCGCCCUCAACGAGCACUCCCUGGAGCGCUACCUGCACACGCUCCUGGCCGACCGCGGCAGGCUCAGCACUUUUUAUGAAGACUGGGCUUUUGUGAUGGACGAAGAAAGGUCUAGCAUGCUUCCUACCAUGGCAGCUGGUCUGAACUCCAUCCUCUUCGCGAUUAACAUUGACAACAAGGAUUUAAACGGGCAGAGUAAGUUUGCUCCUACCGUCUCGGACCUCUUGAAGGAAUCCACGCAGAAUGUGACCUCCUUGCUGAAGGAAUCCACACAAGGAGUGAGCAGCCUUUUCAGGGAGAUCACGGCGUCCUCUGCUGUCUCCAUCCUCAUCAAGCCUGAGCAGGAGACCGACCCCCUGCCUGUCGUGUCCAAGCACGUCGGUGCCGAUGCCAAAUGUAAAAAGGAGAGGAAGAAGAAAAAGAAGGUGACCAACAUCAUCUCAUUUGAUGACGAGGAAGAUGAGCAGAGCUCUGGUGAUGUUUUUAAGAAGAUGCCUGGGACAGGGGAGAGCUCAGAGGAGAACUCCGACCGCUCCUCGAUCAAUAUCAUGUCAGCCUUUGAGAGCCCUUUUGGACCCAAUUCCAACGGAAGCCAGAGCAGCAACUCGUGGAAAAUUGAUUCUCUGUCUUUGAACGGGGAGUGUGGGUAUCAGAAGCUUGAUGUGAAAAGCAUCGACGAUGAAGACGUGGAUGAAAACGAGGAUGACGUGUACGGGGACAGACUGGGGAGGAAGCGCUCCGGCCACUCGGAGUCGCCUGAGAAGCCGCUGGAUGGCAACACCUGCCUCUCCCAGAUGCACAGCUGGGCCCCGCUGCAGGUGCUGCACGGCGACGCCGACGUCCUCUUCCCGGUCAGCGCAGCGGGCUCCUAUGGCCCUGCAGAUGCCCCCCUCGGGAGCCUGGAGAAUGGGGCGGGACCUGAGGACCACGUUCUCCCUGAGCCUGGACCUCGGUACAGUGUGGAAACAAGUCCUCCAGGCCAAGGAAGUCCUCUGAGCAGCUUGCUACCUUCUGCCUCGGCGCCAGAGUCGAUGACAGUUAGUGAACUGCGACAAGCCAUCGUGGCCAUGAUGAGCAGGAAAGAUGAGCUGGAGGAAGAGAACAGGUCGCUGCGGAGCCUGCUUGACGGGGAGAUGGAGCACUCGGCUGCGCUCCGGCAAGAGGUGGACAUCUUGAAAAGGAAGGUGGCCGAGCAGGAGGAGCGGCACGUCACGAAGGUCCAGGCGUUGGCAAGGGAAAACGAGGUGCUCAAAGUCCAACUGAAGAAAUAUGUAGGCGCUGUCCAGAUGCUGAAAAGAGAAGGCCAAACAGCUGAAGUUGUACCAAAUCUUUGGAAUGUUGAUGGAGAAGUUGCAGUCCCUGAGCAGAAGCCGGGAGAAGUCGCCGAGGAACUUGCAAGCUCCUAUGAAAGAAAGCUCAUCGAGGUGGCGGAGAUGCACGGGGAGCUGAUUGAGUUCAACGAGCGCCUGCACCGGGCCCUGGUGGCCAAGGAAGCCCUUGUGUCCCAGAUGAGGCAGGAGCUCAUCGACCUGCGGGGGCCGGUGCCUGGAGAUUUGAGUCAAACGUCCGAAGACCAGAGUUUGUCGGAUUUUGAAAUAUCAAACCGGGCGCUGAUCAAUGUCUGGAUCCCGUCAGUGUUUCUCCGGGGCAAAGCCGCAAAUGCAUUCCACGUGUAUCAGGUCUACGUCCGGAUAAAAGAUGACGAGUGGAACGUCUACCGGCGGUACACAGAGUUCAGGAGUUUACACCACAAGUUACAGAACAAAUACCCUCAAGUGAGGGCCUACAACUUCCCACCCAAAAAGGCCAUUGGAAACAAGGACGCCAAGUUCGUGGAGGAACGCAGGAAGCAGCUCCAGAACUACCUGCGCAGCGUCAUGAACAAAGUCAUCCAGGUGGUCCCCGAGUUUGCCGCCAGCCCCCGGAAGGAGACCCUGGUCCAGCUGGUGCCCUUCUUCAUUGGUCUGGAACCCAACCCACAAUCUCGGAGGUCUGCCUGCACUUCCUUGGUUGAUGAGAGCCCUUCAUGAGGGGAACGCACAAAA